ACGUAGGGCUUUGCUGGAGGAAAAUGGGGCGAAGCGGGAGAGAAAUACAGUCUCAGAGUGGGGUGGGAGAUAAAUUCAACGCAAACCCAGCGGUGCAGCAAAGGCCUUAUUCUGCCUCUGAUCUGGGGAAGUUUCAUAUUCUAAUGGAGAGAAACGCACGUGCACACACACCCCCCUAAACCCACACAAAUGAAACCCCCUCUGCGGAGAAGCCGGCUACAGGAAACUGACUUAGGCACAGGAACUUGCUAAUCUCUUUUGUCACAUUCGGAUUGCUCCUGCUGCCUCACGCACACUAAACCCAGCCAUCUUGGGGUGGACUCCCUGCCAGCCCAACUCUUGUAUUUUCAGUUCUUCUAGUGUGAACCAGUUAACGUUCUCGGGAGCGAGGGAGAGGUUAAUCCUAGGAGGAAAUCAACCACAGUGAAAAGGCUUGGGCCUCUUUUGUUUUCACAUCCUUUUGCUGAACAAAUUUGAUUUCCGGAGUCAGUCAUUUUACUGUCAAGAAAUUCCUUCGGCGUUCUGCAACAGCACAAGGAUGCUUUGGAGAACAGAAGGAUUUCAUCAAGCCCAAAUGACACUCACUUCUGGGCCUCUCAGCCUCCUUGGCCACGUGGUUGUUCUGCUACUGAGAGUCUGCAGAUGAGCUGGUGGUUUCUCCAAACUUCCGAGAGCUCUCUAAGUUUCCAAGGUGGCUAGAUCCAUCAGAAGCUGAAGCCGUGGAGAACGCUCUCAGGGGCCUUUGCCACUUCUUGGAGUAGAAGCCGACAGAGACCUGUUUGGAAACGUCUCCUUCACACACCAGUUGAAGACUAGGCUUUGGAGGUUUUCAAAGUAGACGGUGCUUGGAUGGGCGGCAAGAAGUAACAUUCUGCAAAUCGCCGGCAGAGGUCCUGAGGACACAGACCUACCUGGCUUGCCUUCCCCUUGCUGAAUGGCGUGUGCUGCAGCCGCCCACUGAGGGCUCUUUUCCCUGGGAUUCUGGACUUGCGAGUAGGACAGCAGGCUGGGAAGAUGCUGAGUUCCAUCAAGUGCGUGUUGGUGGGUGACUCUGCUGUGGGGAAAACCUCUCUGUUGGUGCGCUUCACCUCUGAGACCUUCCCGGAGGCCUACAAGCCCACAGUGUACGAGAACACGGGGGUGGAUGUCUUCAUGGAUGGCAUCCAGAUCAGCCUGGGCCUCUGGGACACAGCUGGCAAUGAUGCCUUCAGAAGCAUCCGGCCCCUGUCCUACCAGCAGGCAGACGUGGUGCUGAUGUGCUACUCUGUGGCCAACCAUAACUCAUUCCUGAACUUGAAGAACAAGUGGAUUGGUGAAAUCAGGAGCAACUUGCCCUGUACCCCUGUGCUGGUGGUGGCCACCCAGACUGACCAGCGGGAGAUGGGGCCCCACAGGGCCUCCUGCAUCAAUGCCAUGGAAGGGAAGAAACUGGCCCAGGAUGUCAGAGCCAAGGGUUACCUGGAGUGCUCAGCCCUUAGCAACCGGGGGGUACAGCAGGUGUUUGAGUGCGCAGUCCGAACUGCCGUCAACCAGGCCAGGAGACGAAACAGAAGGAGACUCUUCUCCAUCAAUGAGUGCAAGAUCUUCUAAACCCCAAGAGACUUCACACAACACUUACGUAUGCGCCCCAAAGACUAAUGGGGAGAGGGAGGGCCGGGAAGCCAGGAAAGCUUGGUGUUUUCUCUGGGUACUCCCCAAGCAGUGUCUCCUUUCGGAUACAGUUAUUGAUGAGGCUUGGCCACUGGAUGUUUUCACUAACUACACUCUACAAGUGAACUCCUUGCCCAGGCCGGUCAGAAAAUCCCUUGGGGAACUGUAAUGACUCUUCCAUUUUUGAUUAAAAUAGUGAAAUAGUCUCCACAAUUUUGGACAUGAAGUGAGUUUUUCAAAGAAUUCCGUAUUUAAAGACACAUUUUAUUUAAUAACAAAAUGGAUUGCUUUUGUAUAUAUUUAGUUUUCACACUUGGAAAAUCUUUUGCUACAUCCUCGAAAACAUAAACUCCUGUGUGAGUGAAAUACCUGUAUGGAGCUCUGCCAUAUGUUUGUAGUGUUAUUAUUUUCACCUCAAGUAGAAAGUCUGUUGAAACCACUUGGCUGCUGGAUUUAAAUGGGUAAUCAAAUUUAAAAAUGACCAUAAAUGAAUCUUUGCAAUUUAUUUUCUACCUACCUGUUAUUCAGAGUUGGAUAUAAAAUACAGUUCCAUAGGAUAUCCUAA